ACUCAAAGGUACUUUUAUGGAGGAGAUUAAUAUAUGUUUAGUUUUUUCUCAAAAGUAAUCUCUCACUGAAAGUUAACUCCGCAACAUUUAUUUAGAACUUCCAGUAACUAAGAACUGGAGAUAUCAUCGAGAGAGCUUAUAUGACAAAAGAGUAUGGAUACACAUCAAGAUUACAAUUUAGGAUGAAACGGCAAAUACUGUAUGCAAUAGUAAAUUAGGACGCCUGGUGGCGCUGCAGGCUAAGAGUGUGAAUAGCGGGCUCUGCGGAUAACCCAGGCGCCAUUAAGCUGGGGAAUCCAAACUGAAUGCUUCCUAAAACAAGGACGCAUUUUAGGUAAGAUCUAGUGGCUAAAUCUUCAGAGUGGACGUCGUUCUUGUGCAAGUCAGUCAAAAAAGACUGAAUUCGCGGUUAUUUAAGCAAAUCAUCUGGGUGGAUUGUAUACCGAGUUGAAGAAACUGCGCCUUCUGGACCGGGUCUGAACAAUGGAGACUGCGCUAGCAAAAACGCCACAGAAAAGGCAAGUUAUGUUUCUUGCUAUACUGUUGCUUUUGUGGGAGGCUGGCUCUGAGGCAGUUAGGUAUUCCAUACCAGAAGAAACAGAAAGUGGCUAUUCUGUGGGCAACCUGGCAAAAGACCUGGGUCUCGGGGUGGGGGAACUGGCCACUCGGGGCGCGCGAAUCCAUUACAAAGGAAACAAAGAGCUCUUGCAGCUUGAUAUAAAGACCGGGAAUUUGCUUCUAUAUAAAAAACUAGACCGGGAGGCGUUGUGCGGGGCGACAGAACCUUGUAUAUUGCAUUUCCAACUCUUACUAGAAAACCCAGUGCAGUUUUUUCAAGCUGAUCUGCAGCUCGCAGAUAUAAAUGACCAUUCUCCAGAGUUCCCAGAGAGGGAAAUGCUCCUAAAAAUCUCAGAAGGCACCCAGCCUGAGACUGUGUUUCCUUUGAAAAUAGCACAGGACUUUGACAUAGGUAGCAACACUGUCCAGAACUACACAAUCAGCCCCAAUUCGCACUUUCAUGUGGCUACUCAUACUCGCGGAGACGGCAGAAAAUACCCAGAACUGGUGCUGGACAAAGCGCUGGACCGGGAGGAGAGACCUGAACUCAGCUUAACACUCACGGCACUGGAUGGUGGGGCUCCGCCCAGGUCUGGGACCACCACAGUUCGCAUUGUCAUCUUGGACAAUAAUGACAACGCCCCCGAAUUUUUACAAUCACUCUAUGAGGUACAGGUUCCUGAGAACAGCCCCCUUAACUCCUUAAUUGUCGCUGUCUCUGCGCGAGAUUUAGAUGCAGGAGCGUAUGGGAGUGUAGCCUAUGCUCUAUUUCAAGGUGAUGAAGUUACUCAACCAUUUGUAGUAGACCAAAUAACAGGAGAAAUUCGCCUGAAAAGGGCAUUGGAUUUCGAGGCAACUCCAUAUUACAAUGUGGAAAUUGUAGCCACAGAUGGUGGGGGCCUUUCGGGAAAAUGCACUGUGGCAAUAGAAGUGGUGGAUGUGAACGACAACGCCCCUGAACUCACCCUGUCGACGCUCUCCAGCCCUACCCCAGAAAAUGCCCCGGAAACUGUAGUUGCUGUUUUCAGUGUUUCUGAUCCAGACUCCGGGGAUAACGGUAGGAUGAUUUGCUACAUCCAGAACGACCUCCCGUUUCUUUUGAAGCCCACAUUCAAGAACUUUUACACCCUCGUGACACAGAGAAAACUGGACAGAGAGAGCCAAGCCGAGUACAACAUCACCAUCACCGUGACUGACUUGGGGACACCCAGGCUGAAAACCGAGUACAACAUAACCGUGCUGGUCUCCGACGUCAAUGACAACGCCCCCGCCUUCACACAAACCUCCUACACCCUCUUCGUCCGCGAGAACAACAGCCCCGCCCUGCACAUCGGCAGCGUCAGCGCCACAGACAGAGACUCAGGCACCAACGCCCAGGUCACCUACUCGCUGCUGCCGCCCCAGGACCCGCACCUGCCCCUGGCCUCCCUGGUCUCCAUCAACGCGGACAACGGACACCUGUUCGCCCUCCGGUCGCUGGACUACGAGGCCCUGCAGGGUCCCUUUCCAGGGCAUCUGGUGGACGUGAGCGGCACCGGGACCCUGUCCCAGAGCUACCAGUACGAGGUGUGUCUAUCGGGAGAUUCCGGGACAAAAAUGGUGGAGAUGCGGCUCCCCAAAGCGCCAGAGAAAAGGCAAGUGACUGCCAUUAUUUUCUUAUUACUACUGUGGGAGGUGGGCAGCGCUAGCAUUAAGUAUUCAGUCCUAGAAGAGAGGGACAGCGGCUCUUUUGUGGCCAACCUAGCAAAAGAUCUGGGGCUGGGUGUAGGGGAGCUGGCUGCGAGGGGCGCCCGGAUUCUUUCCAAAGGAAACAAACAGUAUUUGCAGCUCGAACGGAAGAGUGGGAAUUUGCUCCUAAAAGAAAAAUUGGACAGGGAGGAGUUGUGCGGUGACACAGAUCCAUGUAUACUGCAUUUCAAGGUGUUACUGAAAAAUCCGGUGCAGUUUAUUCAAGGUGAACUACAGCUCCAAGAUGUAAAUGACCAUGCCCCAGAAUUCUUGGAAAAUGAAAUCCUCCUGAAAAUCCCUGAAGGCAGCCAUCCAGGGACUUCAUUUCCUUUGAAAAAAGCUCAAGAUUUGGACGUAGGUAGCAACACAGUUCAGAACUACACAAUUAGCACCAACUCCUAUUUUCACCUUUUCACUCGCAAUCACAGCGACGGCAAGAAAUACCCAGAGCUGGUGCUGGACCAAGCGCUGGACCGCGAGGAGCAGACCCAGCUCAGGUUAACCCUCACAGCGCUGGAUGGUGGGUCACCGCCCAGAACUGGGACUUCCCAGGUUCUCAUAGUGAUUGUAGAUAUCAAUGACAACGCCCCUGAAUUUGCUCAGCGGCUCUACGAGGUGCAGGUCCCAGAGAAUACCCCUAUAGGUUCCCUUGUCGUGGUGGCGUUGGCCUCGGUGUCGUCGCUCUUCCUGUUCUCGGUGCUCCUGUUCGCGGCGGUGCGGCUGUGCAGGAGGAGCAGGGCGGCCUCGGCGGGUCGCUGCUCGGUGCCCGAGGGUCCCUUUCCAGGGCAUCUGGUGGACAUGAGCAGCACCGGGACCCUGUCCCAGAAUUAUCAGUAUGAAGUUUACGUGGCAGAAAGCGCUGAGAGCCAGUUCAAGUUUCUUAAGCCGAUACUUCCCAACUUCCUGGGUGAAGGGACUGGUAGGGACAGUGAGACAAACUCCAACUCCAGGAAUCAUUUUGGGCUCAAUUAGGAAUCUAACAGACAACACGUCAUGACAAAUCAUAGAAUUCACUGAAUGAUCUAUAAGUUCUCUCAUUCACAUAGAGCCACAUAUUCACACAUUAGUAACGGCUGUCCUAUUUGUAGCUCUUUCUAUCUGCUGGACUAUUUUCCAUUCCCUCUGAUUUUUCUUGUGGUUGUUGUCAGCUAUCUUAAUUAUAGCAUGUUCACACAAUAGCAGAGCAGAGAAAUGGUGUUUCCUAGGGUGCUUGUUAUUUAGUCAGAUUUUGGAACUCACAGGUGUUUUCUGGUUCCCAAUAUUUGAACUUGUUCACUGAUAUGUUAUGACUAAAAGAAUGGUAUUUGAAACUUUCUGAUUGUCAUCAGCAUGACUCCAACUCUAUUGUAAAUGACAACUUUUAGUUUAGAAAAUAAUUUUCAUCUAUGCAAAAAGUUUAGCAAUCUUGUAAAUUGUUGCAUUUCUAUUGUGUUGUUUCAAAAAUACUACUCUUUCCUCAAAUGAAUCAAUAUUUUACCUAGAUGAUGUUUCCUUUCUUGAAUUUUUUCUUUCAAAAUUGAUAUUUAUAGACCAUCAGCUGUUAUUCUAAAGAACUUCUGUUACAUGAAAGAAUAGUAGAAAAAAGGUUGGCUGACUUGUGAUUACUUUAAAAAAAAUAAUAAAUAGCUUUGGUAUGUAAA